GCGAGAGGAGAAAAAAACCCCAGCAGAACACGCGCCCCAAACAAACAAGUGCAGGAAAUCGUGCGGCGGGCAGACCCUGGGCAAGGAGGCGCCGCCGGCCUUGCCCGCGUCGGCUGCGGCGUGAUGCGCACUGACUGGCCCGCGACGCCCGGGCCGCGACUGUCCCCUACCUGGACGCCCGCCGGCUGGCCGCGCCCCAGCCGCGCUCGCUUGCCGCUGCCGCCGCUUUCUCGGAGUCUCUCAGCACCCGCGGGGCACUUCGCUCUCCAUGGGGCUGAGGGACUGUCUGAGGACCGUGUGCUGUUGUUGCUGGUGCAAAUGCCUGGAGGAGCCCACCGUGCAGGAAAAGGAGCCUCUAGUCAGUAAUAAUCCGUAUUCCUCCUUUGGAGCCACUCUGGCGAGGGAUGAUGAGAAGAACUUGUGGAGUAUGCCUCACGACGUGUCCCACACGGAGGCGGACGAUGACAGAGUCCUGUACAAUUUAAUCGUCGUUCGUAAUCAGCAGGCCAAAGACUCCGAGGGCUACAAACAGGAGUGGCAAAAACUCAACUAUGAUAUCUAUGCCCUGCGACAGAUUCGAAGGGAAGUGAGAAAUAGAUGGAAACGUAUUCUGGAAGAUUUAGGUUUUCAAAAGGAAGCAGACUCUUUGUUGUCAGUGACGAAACUCAGCACCAUCAGUGAUUCUCAAAACACCAAGAAAGCUCGAGAGAUACUGUUGAAACUGGCUGAAGAGACCAGUAUUUUCCCAACAAGCUGGGAGCUCUCGGAGAGAUAUCUCUUUGUGGUGGACCGUCUCAUUGCUCUUGAUGCUGCAGAAGAAUUCUUUAAAAUUGCCAGUCAGACAUACCCCAGAAAGCCUGGAAUACCAUGCCUAGCAGAUGGCCAGAAAGAACUACACUACCUUCCACUUCCAAGUCCCUAACAAAAAGCUGUGAGGCAGAACUGGAAUCUGCUUUGGGAUUCAAGAGCCCACCAAGGCUGGAUGAACGCAUGUAGAAGAGAGUGAACAAACUGAGGACUGGCUAAGUUAUUGAAUCCUAUAGAAAUCUGAGGGUUUAGAUAGCUGGUCUUCAUGACGACCUUACUCAGAGAAGUGUUCAGUUUGCAAUGAAACACACUGGUGACCUUUCAUCAGGGAGGUGGUCAGUGAGAUACUGCUUUACGAGUACUUAGAUUCCAAGAAACCAUUACCCCGCUUGGGUUGGUUGUUCAGUAAGCUUUAAUUGCUAGUCCUAUUGGAAGAAUGGGAUAUUCUCUUAAAUAAAACAGUAACAUUACUGGAGCUAUAUCACUAGGCCCAAAUAUGGAUGACCCAUUUAUAAAUAAUUUAUAUAUAAGCUAACACAAAAAUAAUGCGAGGCAUUAUGUCACCUUUCUUUGAUUUGGAAGAAUCUUAGAGGGUGUCAGAGGCAUCAUUUUGAGUGACAGUUAUAAUUAUUCAGAAAUACCAUGGACCAGGUAAUAGAAAUGUCUAAGAAGGCUGCUCAGAAGUAAGUUCCACAUAGAAUGACCCCAAGCAGAACUGUCUAUAGCUCUGUGGACACAAGUUCUGUCUGCCAUUGUGGUACAAACAUCUUAAGUUCUUGACAUAUUUGAGAUCUUGUUAUCUCAUUUUUGCACAGUGUCCAUUUCCAGCCCACAAACCUUUGAUAUUUUAACCAGGAGAGCAUCCAUACGCUGAAACAUUUGACCUCCAGUUCCUUUUCAUCUCUUGAAACUGUUUCCAGCUCACUGACUGCCUCUUGCCCUCACCAGGGACCCCAAGGGCAUACUUGCAGUUCUGCAAGUUGAAUUGCAGAAGGUCAUUGUCCAACAUGUUUUCAUUCUGAAGGUGAUUUUCAACCUGGAGCAAUGAUGCCAAUCCAGCUCGUCUCCAUCUGCAGAUUAAAAAGUCCAGCCUCAAAAGUGACUUGCUAUAUAAGCAAGGAGCUUGACAUGAAAUCAUGGUUUAUUUUAUUGAAAAGACUUUAAGAAUUGAUAGGAUUUAUUAGUGGAUUGCUGAGAACUAUGGCAAUAUUUUUAUUUUUAUAGAUGUUGCUCUUCUAUAUCAGGUCAAAAAGUAACUUGUAUUUAGUCCAUCUGGGGGACUUGAACAUUUCCGUAUCUUGAACAGCUCUUUUUUGUAGUGUACACAAUGAUCAAAACAUUUGUUACAGGAGGUAGGUGGCCUCCAUUUAUUAAUGCAUUACAGACUAGUUUAACUGACCUGUUUUAGAAAAAAUCCUCCCUAGUUUAAUAAGUCAGCUAAAGUUUUAUUUUUUAUAUUUAAUGCUUCAGCCCUCUCUCGUGUUGUUUGAAAUUAGCCUGCAGAUAUUUCCUCUCACUUUUCUGUAGGUUCUUGCAAAAUAAAUACACAAAAA